UGGCCGUACUUCUCCUGGAAACUUGUUGCAAAAAUUCACUCCCCAUAACAGCUACAACAGUUAGCUAGCUAGUUAGCAGCCGGUCAGUACCCAACAGCAACCGUAGCGCAGAUAAACUCGUUCUCCUUCCACAUACAAAUGACAGGGACACUAUACUUACAGAUAUGCGCCUGGACAUUGACUGACAUUCGGCUAGUUGUUCCUGUCUUUUUUGCCAACGCUCUGUGAAGCUAUCUCUGAUCUGAAAAGCGCUGCAACUUAGCUAACUCUCGGCUAUGGAUCAUGAUCGCCAAAAACGAAGAGAGGAAAUUCAGAAAGCCAUGAGCUUUAUCCAGUCAUCAUUGCCUUUCCCAGAGCCAGAAAGUUAUGAGGCAUUUCUGACCCAGUUGGUGUGUAACUUGCUGGAUGAGGGCAAUUCUUGCUUUAGAGAUGGGGACUGUCGUCAGGCGACCCAGCAGUAUGGGGAGGGAAUCAGUGUUGCCCGCUAUGCUCAGGCUGAGGCCCUCGUCAUCCCCCAUGAGCUGCUCGAGAGCCUAUAUGUCAACCGGGCCACUGCCUGCUACCAGAUGAGGGAGUAUGACCGCGGUGUUCAGGACUGUGACAGUGCACUGUGUGUGUCGGAGGGCAGUCGCAGAGCUUUGUACCGCAAAGCGAUCUGCCUGAGAGAGUUGGGACGACUCCGGGAGGCCUACGAGUGUGGAACCAAAUGUCUCCUCACUGCACCACACGACAGGCAGGUGAGUGACCUGGCUCAGGAUCUGGCCAAUAAACUAGGCCUGAAGGGCCGUAAGGCUUACAUAAGCCCACAGACGGAGUCCACAGCCACAGAAGGGGAGAGUCAUGGGGAGACUUCCCCACCCUCAGGAGAGAUGUCCUCCAAUGGGCUGGAAUCCAUGGGGGACAUGGGGGACAUGGGACAAGCUGAUGUGUCCAAUGCGCAGUGCAUCCCUGCUCCUUUGGCCACACCCAUCCCAGUCAGUGAUGACCCGGCAACGCCUGUGACUCCAUGCACCGACUUGUCAGAGAGCCCCAGCAACCAGGGCCUGCCUCCCAUGCCGUACUCCGUCCCUGUGUCGGAGCACAUUGAUGAAUGCAACAGCGUCCUCAAGGAUGAGUUAGACAGCCUGCUGGAGUGCAUUCCCAAGAAAGUGAGUGAGAGUCCAGUCCAGGGUGCUAUCCCCACCAACCUCCCUAACACUGCGGUGGGUCUUCGGCCUCCUUACUCCGCGAACCUUCCAGCCCCAUCUUCCCAGCUUCACCCAGCCUUCUUUGGCUCCUCCAUCAAUGACAUGCCCGCUUUGGAGCCCUACUCGCCGCUGGCCCAGAGGGACCAGGGCUCCACCCAGGCGCAGGACGCACUGGGAGGCUUCCCCACUGGGGUCACGGAUGGAGAAGGAAAGUCAGAAGUUGCCACUGGUGGGCUGGACUCAUUGUCUGAGUACACUCUCCCUGGGGGACGAGUGUGUCACAGCUUCAUCCCUGGAUUGCGCAACCACAGUGCUGCACAUGCUAAUGGUCCAGCAGGAACCAACCUCUCUCUGCUCUCCAGGAAUCCUCUGGCAGCAACACAUGAGUUUCGGCAGGCCUGUCAUGCCUGUUACAGCCGAAUAGGUCCACGAGUGAUGGACUACAAGUAUCAGCCGGAGGCAGCGCACCGCUGCAAAAGGGAUGUGCUGCUGUGCCGUCUCAAAAAUACAGAUGAUCCCACUUGGAAGAGAAUCCGGCCACGGCCUGCACGGAACAACUUCCUGGGGGCAUUUGUACUCUGUAAAGAGGUGCAGGAGCGUCAGGAGUGCCAGUAUGGGGAGAACUGUACGUUUGCUUACUGCCAGGAGGAGAUUGACGUGUGGACCCAGGAGAGGAAGGGCGCAUUGAGCCGAGAGCUGCUGUUCGAUCCGCUGGGCAGCACCGAGAGACGGGCGCUCAGCGUCACCAGACUGCUGCAGUUCCACAUGGGCAUGUUCAUGUUCCUCUGUGAGGAAUGUUUUGACAGCAAGCCUCGCAUCAUUAGCAAGCGCAGCAAAGAAAACCUAGCAGUCUGCUCAAACCUCACAGCUCGACACCCGUUUGACGACAACAAGUGCCUGGUGCACGUGGUGAGGUCAGCCAAUGUGCGCUACAGUAAGGUGCGUCCCCUGCACCCUCUCUGCCAGUUCGACGUGUGUCGUCACGAGGUUCGCUACGGCUGCCAGCGGGAGGACAGCUGCUCCUUUGCUCACUCCGUCAUAGAGCUCAAAUGCUGGGUCCUGCAGCAGGAUACUGGUAUCACCCACGAAGAGAUGGUGCAGGAGUCCAAAAGGCACUGGCAAAGGCUGGAGCAGAACGCACAGAAGCAGCAGAAGCCUAUCCAUGUCCCCCAUCCGAGCAGCAGCAUACAUGCAGGAGGAGUAGGGGGAAUGGGAGGUGGGGGUGGAGGAGUAGGGGGAGAUGGCAUCAGUGGGGGUGGUGUGGGCCCAGUGGGUGGAUUGGGGGUGGGAGGGUUAGGAGCAGGGGUGGGAAGAGGGCGUCCCCUUAACCUGAAAAUGAAGUUUGUGUGCGGCCAGUGCUGGAGAGAAGGACAGGUCAAUGAGCCCGACAAGAACCUCAAGUACUGCACUGCCAAAGCACGGCAUAGCUGGACCAAGGAGCGUCGAGUCCUGCUGGUGAAAUCAUUUGAGAAGAAGAAGUGGGUAGUUGUUCGGCCUCUGCCCUUCUCCCGCACGUAUCCACAGCAAUAUGACAUGUGUGUGCAUGUGAUGAAGCAGAAGAAGUGCCACUAUAUUGGGAACUGCUCAUUUGCUCACAGUCUGGAGGAGAGGGAUGUCUGGACGUACAUGAAGAACAACAGCUUGAGAGACAUGCAACAGAUGUACGAACUGUGGCUGCAGCUGACCAAUCAGAGUAGACGUACGGAUAGCUCUACUGUGACCCCGCCCCCAGAGGACAAGCAAGUCACCAUAACAGCAGAUUACACAGAAAGCAUGGGAGGCCGGCGGUCGUCAGAUGGGGAUAAUCUCUGAGUGUUGCUGUGGUGACUAGAAGCAGCUGAUCACCGCUGAGCUGCAGACAGAGACAGACCGGCCUGCCACACCAGCUACAACUUAACAGUCACCGCGCCAGUCUGACCUCCUCUAACAUCUUUUCAGCCGUGUGAGAGCAGUAGGACACCCAGCCCUAUAUACACACACACACACACACACACGCACAGUACCUACAUAUAGUACAUACACACAAACAAUUGAGUACAGCAAAUGAUACACAAAUCACAGGCACCGCUGAACACAACGAGAAAGCUUUGUAAGUGAAAUUACAGAUUUAGGCUUUAGUGUUACCUGUAGUUACAUUCAGCACCUUCAGGUUCCCUUUUAGCAGAUUAUACUGCAGAAAUUCCACAGGCAACUAGUUUUGCUCUGACUAAAAUGAUCAACUAGUUUUCCCUAGUGUUCACCAGGCACCCCUUUUUUUUGUUUUAUUUUGAUAAAAAACACAAGCACUGAAACAAUUCUUGGGUGGGCGUGCUGGUCGCUGUCCUUAAAUUUAGCUUGGUGAUUAUUUAAAACUGAAUUAAAGCCCGGUACUCAUACGCUUAAAGUUGACAUUUUAACUUUGGAGUGUCAAGUCUACAGUGCUGUUGACGGCAAUGGAGACUAAAGAAACAAAAGUAUUGUUUAAAAAACAAAAAAAAAGAGAUUCUUGGUGGACUCUUCGUUAAGCUGCGUAACAACCAAAUUUUAAUCUCCUUCCUUCAUGGGAAUAUUGCGAGAGGGUCAACAAUUACUUUCUGGAGAUUAAUAAUUUGUAGCAUAAUUGUUUGUUUUUUUCAAAGGGUAGUUGUACUUGUUAUGUUGUCUGCCAUAUUGGUAGAACACUAUGAAUGUAUUGCCUGCAUGGGCCUUUUAAACUUGGAAAUUGGUCAUUUAAAACGUUGCUGUGGUUGUGGAAUGUAUGCAAGUAUACUUACAUGCCCCAAAUCAAACUUGUGUAACAUGACAGUUUUCCCCCUCCCCCCGCUAUAAAUAUAACAAGGCCUCUUGGAAGCUGGCUAACCGUCCCUGCAUGGGACGAGCACAGACAUCUACACUCACUCACAUUAUUACCUUGUAGUAGCUGUCAGCCGGUGUCCAUGUGGUGGGACUCAAAGCAGGCCUGAAUGUCAGCUCCUCUCAGGUUGAGUUGGGGGGGAAGACGAUGUGACAAUAGAAAGGUCUUAACUAAUCACUUGUUGCUAAAGUACACAUGGCCAAUGGCUCAAAGCAAUUGUUGCCAAAGCAACCAAGGGGCUGUUCUCCAUCAUGUAAUGUAAGCUUGUGGUAAGCAGCUGACAGAGAUGUGACGCUGGUGUUGGAGGGCUACAGAGAAGUGACUGCAGCACAUGUACAGUCCUGGCUAGAGCUGCUCUCAGCAUCAGACCAGUUUAGACUGCAGGCGCCCAUUAAGAAAUCAUGACCUCACUUGGACUGAAGCAAAGUGAAAAUACAGCCCGUUUAGAAGACUUCAGUUGUAAAAAAACAUGAGUUUUGUAAUAGUUAAAGAAAAAAAGGAUAAUUUAAAGAGUUAAGUGCUGGGAGAAAAAGACUAAUGAAAAGAAUGGAGAAUUAUUAAGAAUGUAUUUUUCUAUAGUUGAUUGUGAGAAUAUUAAAGAUAAUUAAAGGGCAAGUUCUUCAGUUGAACUGGGGUCAAUAUUUCACUGAAAACCAAUCAUGGCCUUCAAAUGGAAAGCCGUGUUCCUCAUACUUCCACAUGUUGUGUUCCUGAUAGCUAUCAGUAGCUCCUAAUAUCAACAUUUUCAUUAAAGGAAACCUGUGAGCCUGAGACAGGGAAAUCAUUCUCACAUAUUGUGCCUAUGAACAACACAUUAACAUGCAACAUGAACAUGCAUGCAAAAAUGUGUGCACACACACACACACAGACACAGAGGCAGGAUGCCAUCUUAUUCUAGCCUUUAAUGUGGACAGAGACACGAUGGAGGUAUGUCUUUAUUCAGAUACAUAUUCACACAUAUUAUACAUAUUUACAAAUAAUGGUAUACUAAUAAUAAUAAUUGAUAACUUAGCAGUUAAGCCUAAUAAAUAUAUAACCUGAAAACCUGUAUUGAUUACAUAGAAGAACUUCUUGUUAUUGAGGUAAUGCUUAAUGAUAUGUAUCGCUGAACUAGAUGACUAUAGUGAAUUUUUUUUUGCUUUUUUUUUUAAUGUUUCCUUUUUUUGUAAUUUUUGCUUUUUUUGUGGGUUGUUCCAGAAAGGGUUUGUAUAAAGAGAUUGAUGCAGAGAUUGAUUUGAACUGGAGGGUUAAAUCUUUCACACUGAGAGAAGAAUGAAAGAAAUAGUUGCCCAACUUGAGUUUUUUUGACAAGUUCAGCAGCUAAACUGGACGUACAGAAUCAGCAGUGUUUCUGUUCUGCAGUGUUAAGGCCAAACUUCCGGGAAGCUGCACCCUAUUUUGAGCAUUUUUCCUAUCUGCAGUGACCUCGCCGAUACUCCCAAAAUACUGACAUACACUCAACCAGAACAUUAUGGAAAAUUGGAGCAGCACGUU